AUGCAAGCUUCACAAAUUUUGUCAUUUAGGAAUUUGAUAGAAGGUAAUCCGAUUACCAAGUCCUUUGACCUUAAUUUGUCAAGCAAUGAAAGACUAACAUGUCCAAAACGUCUAUGCCAUAGAAGUGGAUCAUCCUCAAUAACACUUAAACAGGAUAGAUUGGAUGCUCCGACUAUCGACUUUUCUCUCUUAUCUUCAUCAUCCCCCGAUGAGCUUGCUAAGCUUCGCGUUGCCCUCACUUCUUGGGGCUGUGUUCAGCUAGUGAACCAUGGCAUGCCAGUUUCAUUGCUAGACGAGGUACGAGAAAUGAGCAAGGAAUUCUUCAAACUGCCAUUAGAAGAAAAAGAAAAGUACUCAUCCAAAGGAGAUGACUUGGAAGGUUAUGGAAACACGAAUGCUGUUCAACGUGGAAGUCUCAAUUGGAAUGAUAAGCUUCAUCUCCAAGUUUAUCCCGAGGAAAAACGCCAACUUCUAUGUUGGCCAGAAAAUCCUCAACAUUUUAGGACAACCUUACAUGAAUAUUCAAAGAAGAACCUAAUGAUACUUAGGACACUUCUAAAGGCUAUGGCGCGUUCUCUAAACUUAGAAGAAGAGCGUUUUUUGGAGCUAUGGGGGGAUGAAAAUGAAGAUAAUACUCAUGCAAGAUUCAACUUCUACCCUCGAUGCCCGAUGUCGGAUCAAGUUGUUGGACUUAAACCUCAUGGAGAUGGAACCGCCAUUACCAUGCUCUUGCAAGACAAAGAGGUUGAAGGCCUUCAAGUCGUCAAAGACGAUCGUUGGUUUCGUGUUCCUGUCAUCCCUCAUGCCCUCACCAUCCUUGUUGGUGAUCAGAUGGAGAUAGCGAGCAAUGGUGUUUUUAAGAGUCCAACUCACAAGGCAGUGGUAAACCCACAAUACGAUCGAAUGUCCUUAGCCAUGCUAUUCAUCCCAAGCCUAGACAAAGAGAUAGGCCCACUAGAAGAACUAAUCAAUGAAGAGAGGCCACAAUUAUACAAAAGGCUCAAGGAUUAUGGUCAAGUUUACACUCAAUCCAUUCCUUCUGGGAAAAGACCUAUUGAUAUGAUGAAGAUUAAUUAAGUUAGAAUAUUCUAAACAGUUUUGUGUUCAUAGAGACACAAAUUACUGAACGACUAUCCUUUACCUCAUCUAUUUUU